AUGUCUUUAGAGGUUAAUUGGGAGCAAAUUGCCUCGAGUGAAGCAAUCAGAGAACAAUUAGUGGAUUGGUUGAACGAUCAAUUGAAGGCAGUGGAAGUUCCCAAAUACUUAGCUGAUAUUCAUGUGACAUCACUGUCCUUGGGGUCCAAGGCACCAGAGAUAACAAUAAGAGACAUUGGUAAACCUUUUGAUGAUUUUUAUGACAUUGAAGAGGAACGUGCUGGCACGGGUGAGGGUGAUGAAGAUGAUGGUCGAGUUGCACCAACAAGCACACCAAUGAAACAUCAAACUUCGGGUUCAUCAGAUCAGACUGAUGCUUCCAAUCCCAUAUCCCCCUCAACCUCACAUGACCAUGAAAAUGACAUGCAGUUCGUCACCGAAAUCAAAUACGACAGCGACAUUUGUGUUGAAGUUGCAGCUCAAUUAUUGAUGAAUUAUCCGGCGGAAAAGUUUAUAUCUCUUCCGGUUCGCUUGAAACUAUCAGACUUACUAAUUCAUACUCUAGCCGUAGUAGCUUAUGUCAACCACCGGGUUUUCAUAAGUUUACUAUGUGAUAUCAGUGAGAAUGAAGACACAGACAACACGGAAAGUCAUUCAGGGAACUUAAGAGCUCUUUCGUCGAAGACUGCUAGCCGCAUAGAUGUGGUUAAAAGGCUGAAAGUUGAAAGUGAACUAGGAUCUUAUGAACCAGACAAUGGGUCAAUAUUAAGGUCAGUUGGGAAGAUAGAGACAUUUCUAGUGGACACAAUAAGGAAUUUACUAGUUCAAGAGGUCGGAUGGCCUAAUUGGAUUGAGUUUCAAGGAGUGUAA